ACGCAGACACGCAGCGCUCGGGGCCCUCAUAUGGACCCUGCUCCGUCCCCUCCCAUCGUCCAGGGCUGUCCGGGCACCCCAAGGCUCCAGGCUCUAGCUCCCUUCUUAGCCUAGGACCUGCACAACCGGGAGCCAACCUCAAGACUGUCAGCAAGUCCAGUCAGCCCUACCAUGACAAAUGACUAUCAAGAUCUUCAGCAUCUGGACAGUGAGGACAAUGACCAUCAGCUCCGACAAGUGCCACAGCCCCCGCAGCCGCUGUUCCGGAGGUUCUGCUCGGGACCCUGCCUCCUCCUGCUCUCCCUGGGCCUCGGCCUCCUGCUGCUGGUGGUCGUCUGUGUCAUCGGAUCCCAGAACUCCAAGCUGCGGGGAGAGUUGCAGGCCCUGAGAGAGACUUUCAGCAACUUCACAGCGACCACGGAGGUCGAGGUCAAGGCCUUGAACAGCCAGGGAGGAAAUGUGGGCAGGAAGAUGAAGUCGCUCGAGUCCCAGCUGGAGAAGCAGCAGCAGGAUCUGAGCGAAGAUCACUCGGGCCUCCUGUUCCACGUGAAGCAGUUCGUGUCGGACCUGCGCACCCUGAGCUGUCAGAUGGCGGUCCUGCAGGGCAACGGCUCGGCGAGGACCUGCUGCCCCGUCAACUGGCUGGAGUACGAGGGCAGCUGCUACUGGUUCUCCCGCUCCGGGAAGCCCUGGCCGGACGCGGACCGGUACUGCCAGCUGGAGAGCGCGCACUUGGUGGUCGUCAACUCCCGGGAGGAGCAGAAGUUUGUCCAGCACCACAUGGGGCCCGUGAACACCUGGAUGGGCCUCACGGACCAGAGCGGGCUCUGGAAGUGGGUGGACGGGACGGACUACGAGACUGGCUUCAAGAACUGGAGGCCGGAGCAGCCGGACGACUGGUACGGGCACGGGCUCGGGGGAGGCGAGGACUGCGCGCACUUCACCGACGACGGCCGCUGGAACGACGACGUGUGCCAGAGGCCCUACCGCUGGGUGUGCGAGACGCCGCGCGAGCCGGCCAGCUAGGAGACACCCCUCCCCUAAUUUAUUUCCUCGAUGCCUCUGCCGGCCGCGUGACCCUCCGGUGCCGGGGGCCUCCUCCACUGCCUGGUGGGGGGGGGCGAUCUAGGGUUGCAAGGGAAGGGGAAAGGCGACUUCCGAGGAGCAUACAGUCACCUUUGGAGGGGCGGGGAGAUGGAAACCCUG